AUGGCGGAAAAUCCUAUUGAUGAUGAUUAUAGACCAUUGAAGACUUACUUUCCAGAUGAAAAAGUGUCUCUUGUGGGAGAAGACAUUUCCGAAGAACAUAAUGGAUGGAGGAUGUUCUUUGAUGGAGCUAAAAAUUUGAACGAAUUUGGCAUCAAAGCUGUUUUGAUCUCACCAACUAGGAAACAUUAUCUGGAGACUCCCAACUUCGAGCUUCUAAGAUGCGUCGAAGCUGGAGAGGCUAGCAGGCUGGUUCAAGAGAUAUAUGCAAGAUCAUGUGGACCUCACAUGAACGGUUUUACAUUAGCAAAAAAGAUUUUGAGAUCGGGAUAUUUUUGGCUAACUAUGGAGACAGAGUACAUUCGCUAUGUCAAGAAAUGUCACCGAUGUAAGACUCAUAUAGAUAUGAUUCGAGUUCCUCCCAACGAACUCCAUGUCACUAGUUCACCUUGGUUAUUCGCAGUAUGGGCAUGGAUGCCAUUGGUCCAAUCGAGCCAGCAUCAUCUUAUGGACACAGAUUCAUUCUUGUUGCAAUUGACUACUUCACUAGGUGGGUCAUAUCCACCUCCCACAACGGUGACAAAAACGGUUGUGGAUGACUUUAUCAAAAAUAACAUUAUUUGUAGGUUCGAGAUUCCUGAGUCAAUCGUCAAUGACAACAGAACCAACCUAAAUAGUGAUCUGAUGAGAUCACUGUGUGAGAAGUUCAAGAUUAGUGAUCGAAAUUCUACAUCAUAUAGACUACAGAUGAAUGGAGUUCUUGAGGCUACAAAUAAUAACGUCAAGAGGAUACUACGCAAGGUGAUCGAUAAUCACAGAUAUUGGCAUGAAAAGCUACUAUUCGCACUAUUGGUAUAUCGUACCACAAUCAGAACUUCUACUAGGGCUACGCCUUAUUUUCUGGUAUAUGGUAAUGAAGUUGUGAUACCUGCUGAAGUAGAGAUACCAUCUCUAAGGAUUAUUCCAGAAGCAGAGCUGAGUGACGCUGAAUGGAUACAAAUUCAAGCAGAGAAUCUGACAUUAAUAGACGGCAGAAGAAUUCACGCCAUGUGUAAUGGCCAGAUCUAUCAAAAUAGAAUGGUUAGAGCUUUCAACAAGAAGGUUAGACUCAAACAUUUCUCACAUGGGCAACUAUUGAAGAAAAUUUUCCUAAAUCAAUAUGAAGCAAAGGGUAAAUUCUCACCGAACUGGUAA